UCUGUGGGAGGGAGGCCGAUGGGGGACGCAGGGCACGUCGCUGUCAGCUGCCUGCACCCACAAAGUCCGCCCAGAGGAAGCACUUGGGCUGGGAACAUGGCGGCGUCCUCCAGCGGCCUGGGUGGCUUUUCCGGACUGGGGAUGGAUGCCGGGGACUUCCUGGCCAGGUACCGGCAGGUGUUGAACAAGCUGAAGAAGCGGUUCCUGCGGAAGCCGAACGUGGCGGAGGCCGGCGAGCAGUUCGCCCAGCUGGGCCGCGAGCUGCGCGCCCAGGAGUGCCUGCCCUACGCGGCCUGGUGCCAGCUGGCCGUGGCGCGCUGCCACCAGGCGCUGUUCCACGGGCCGGGGGAGGCCCUGGCGCUCACCGAGGCCGCCCGCCUCUUCCUGCAGCAGGAGCUCGAGGCGCGCCAGCGGCUCGCCUGCCCCGCCGCCUACGGGGAGCCCCUGCAGGCGGCCGCCAGCGCCCUGGGCGCCGCCGUGCGCCUGCACCUCGAGCUGGGCCAGCCGGUGGCCGCCGCCGCCCUCUGCCUGGAGCUGGCCGCCGCCCUGCGCGACCUGGGCCAGCCGGCCGCCGCCGCCGGCCACUUCCAGCGCGCCGCCCAGCUGCAGCUGUCGCAGCUGCCCCUGGCCGCGCUGCAGGCGCUCGGGGACGCCGCCUCCUGCCUGCUGCUGGCGCGCGACUACAACGGCGCCCUGGCCAUCUUCACGCGCAUGCAGCGCCUGGCGCAGGAGCACGGCAGCCACCCGGUGCCGCCGCCGCUGCCGCCGCUCCCGCCGCCGCCGCCGCCGCAGGUACACGGCCCCGGCGCGGCCCCCGCCCCGCCCGCCGCGCCGCUCCCUCCCAGCGCCGCCGGCUCUGCGGCCGCGCCCUCCCCCGCCGUGCUGGGCGCCUUCUCGGACGUCCUGGUCCGCUGCGAGGUGUCCCGCGUGCUGCUGCUGCUGCUCCUGCAGCCGCCGCCCGCCAAGCUGCUCCCGGAGCACGCGCACACCCUGGAGAAGUACUCCUGGGAGGCUUUUGACAGCCAGGGCCAGGAGGGCAGCGGCCAGCUCCCCGAAGACCUCUUCCUGCUGCUCCAGUCCCUGGUCAUGGCCACCCACGAGAAGGACACGGAAGCCGUCAAGGCGCUGCAGGUGGAGAUGUGGCCGCUGCUGAGCGCCGAGCAGAACCACCUGCUUCACCUCGUGCUGCAGGAAACCAUCUCCCCCUCGGGACAGGGGAUCGGAUGACUCGCAUUAGCCUGGUGACACUGCCUGCUGCCAGACCCCAGGCACCCGCCUCUGCAUUUGGAGGGAAAUAAAAGAUAUUGAUCACCGCCGUUCUACCUUUGUUAGCUUAUUCCUCUUGCCGCCACAGAAAUCUCGUUGACUGAAAGUUACCUGUACCCCAAAGAUAUAUUUCCACAAUAGUGGGAGAAAAAAGCAGUGUGAUGGGACCGGAGCAGAGCACAUGGCUCGCUUCCCCAAAAACUGCAACAUAAAAAUGAGACUCCUUUUACCCCGUUUCUCUUCCACCCAAGUCGCCUCACUCCAUACCCCAAUCUUUGUUUCAUUAUCAGGAUUUUAUUUUGCACUGCUGUCUAAAUACUUAAGCUCUGUGGGUUUUUUUUUUUAUCAUGACUAAUUUUUUGAUGCAUUUUUAUAUCUAUCUACUAUCUAUGUGAUCACCCCAUUUCUCAUGUUUUAUCUACCCCAUACAUAUUCAUGGGAACCAUUUGGUUCCAUACAUCGUUGUUGCUACAGCUCUAAAUCUAUGAUAAAGCCAUUCCAAAAGUCCUGACAUGUGGUUUAGAUUUACUUCAUCUAUAAAAUGGGAAUAAUUUAUCUACUUGUCAGGCCCCAGAAAGCAGAAACAGUUCUCUUUCAGUUCCAAGAUGUAGUCAUUCAUUUGAAAUUGACAGUGUACUUAGUAUGCAAGUACGCUGGACAAUGAGUCUACAGAGAUCAGUUACUCGGAUAGCUGCAAUGCAAAUGUAUCAGGUGCAAUGUGGGUUUGGGGGAUGUGGUUGGAGGGGGGUCCAAGGCAAAGGUGUCAGGUGUGCAUUGGAAUUCACAUGUAUGCUUCUAUUCCGAGAGGUACCUAUAAUCCACAAAUUAUCAUGGCUAAUUUCUUGGCGCAUUUCUAUAUUUGUAGUAGGAAUCUUUCUACAGCUCUUACAUAACUCGACUAUGUAAAAUCAGCAUGGUUCUUUGGUGUUGUGUGAUCAUGUAUGACCAAAGUAUGAUGGCGUUCCAUUUAAAAACUCUAAAUUGUCAAGGCUUUUUUGUCUGGAUGUUACAUGCAAGCUGAUUGGCUGUGUGGUGUUUUUUGUUCUGUGUUUUUUUUUUAAUUCAAAUUUAUUUUAUUUACAGUUUCAAGAGUGAUAAGAAUUCUUCAGAGUAUACUCACAUUCUCAAUCAUUCAGCUUUGGGGAAAUGCAUCCCAAACCCAAUGCAAAAUAAUAUUGAAUGUAAACUGUAACUGGAAAAAAAAUUUAAAAGACCAGUUUGCAACAGUACUCAGACAUAAUAAGGAGAGAACCAAAUUACGUAAAAAGGAAAUGUGUGAAUAAAGUUGAUAUACACUGGCUGAAAAAAA